UCCCCUCCCCUUGAUGUAAUUGGCCCCUCGCAGGCACUCCUCUUGUCCAAUGGACGAGGGCGCACCAACGUUCCAUCCGGUCCGUGGAAGUAACGGGCGAGGCAGAGAGAGAAAGGCGCGCUGCGCAAGCCCCCAGUCCAGUCCCCUCAUCAUCCUCGCAUGGAGCAAUGGUGCUUGGAGCGUCAAGAAGUCGUUAAGAAGAGAGAGAGAGAGAGUUCCAAGUCCCACUUCUAGAGCGCAGGACCGUUGGUUCCAUAAUUCCUUGCGGGAGAAAAGAGGCUAUUUCGUUAAGGAAAUGAUGAGCAAAGUGGACGCGCCAUGCAGACCGACUGCCGCGUCUCUCAAAUUCACCAUAGACAAUAUUCUGAACCUGCAGACAAACUCGAGCGGUAACGGUAGGAGGAACGUUGACAGCUGUCAUUCCGGUAGCAGGCUGCAGAAUAGCACGGGGCUGUACCGGUUCGAUGACAAUCAACGGAGAGUGGACCCCGAGAUGAGGCUACACGAUACAGAGCCGGUUAACGACUGUAGCCCAACCGGAGGUCCCGAGGCCUUCGUUAUCACCCGGGAAGACUCGUUACAGAUCACCGACAAUUGCUUCGAAAGCGGGGACAGCGGCGACGACUGCUCCUCGACGCAUCACACCGGGGACGGUGACAGCGGCGGCAAGAAAAACCAACUGAUAACCAAGAAAAAAACUCGCACCAUCUUCUCCAAGAGACAGAUCUUUCAGUUGGAAUCUACGUUCGACGUGAAGCGGUAUCUUAGCAGCGCCGACCGCGCCUGUCUCGCGAGUUCUCUCCAGCUGACGGAAACGCAGGUCAAAAUCUGGUUCCAGAAUCGAAGGAAUAAAAUGAAAAGACAGAUUUCAACAGCGCUAGAUGGUCCCAACGGUGAUUUCUCCGAAGCGGGUCCGGGGAAGGCUCUGCAGCUCCCGGCCUUGUACAAAAACAGUAACCUGCUAGGGAGAUGCUUGUUGCCGAUGCCCCUGCCCAUCGUCUACCCUGGCAGUAGCACGCCUUAUUAUUGCUUUUCCAACGCCAGCAAGUACUUUAGUCUAUUCGAAGGAGAUGUGGUCCUAUAGACUAAGCCUAGUCUGUUUAAAGGAGACGUAGUCCUAUAGACUAGGCCUAGUCUGUUCGAAGGAGGCGUUGGGUUUAGGCCUAUAUAGUUUUCUGCAUCAUCGCCAUAAAGAGACUGUUUACAAGUGACAUAUCAUGGCAAUUUCAGAUUCACCAUUUAGCGUUUUUUCAUUGUGGUAAAAACGUAAGGCCGAGUCUGGCCCAUGUAGGCCUACGGGUACCUUUUGACCUAAGCCUAGCGUAGCCUACAUAUCACGUUGAUAGCCUACGCCAAUUUUAUUUAUUGACAGACAUCAAUGUUGAUAUGAAACUGAACAACAUAUUUUCAGGAUAGCCUAUCACACAAAGACAUGCAGAAUAACUCCAUAUUCCGUUUGAUGUUAUAAUAAUAGAUCAUCGUUUUGUAUUCAGAGUACCAGCGUAGACCUAAAACAGUAGGUCUAAUAAGCAUUUAAUAUAUUAUUGUUAUUAUUACUAUUAUUAUUACUAUAAUUAUUAUUAUUAUUAGCCUGUUAUUAACAACAGCAUUUCUAGCAGUCUAAACACGGCCAAAGAUGGUAUUAUAUUUGCAUGCGUUUACUGUAUUAUAUAGAAUUUUCAAUUAAUUAAAUUAACUAUGUAUUUAAAUGAAUGUAAUAGAUUUUUUUUUUUUUUACGCAUGUUUAAAGUUUAUUUCAAUUUGAAGUAUAACAUUCUUAUUUCGUCCCAAAUCGGGGAAACAACUAUAAUAUUGACUGAAUCUGUCAUUAAAAAUGUUUUAUAUAAAAACAUCGUUUGGUACAAAGGUUUAUGUAAACUAUGUUUUGCUGCGCUGUGCCUUAAAGCCUUCAGUUGUAGGAUAAAGGGGCUAACUAUUAGUACAGUUCAAGAAACCUGUGCUAAAUGUGGAUUUUUCACAGAAAAAUUACAUUUCAUAAUAUUAUGAAAGCGAAGACAAUAGACGUGUUGUUGUAACACGCUUGGACUAUACUAAUCUCAAGACACAACAUGUGAAUCCGAUUAUCGA